AUGAGCAAAUCUCGAGUACAUUCUACUCCCGAUUUGACUUCUUCUACAUCUGAAGAUGAUUACGAUGAUUCGGGUUUGGAAGGGGUUGCAGCAAAUGUGAAAUUGUUGCUAAAACUAAUCCAAGAUCACAACAAUGCCUGUCACAAACAAAAGAAUGAUGGGAGGAGAAAGCUAAGAGUGGCUACAAUGAUGACCAUCCUUGACAAUGUUAGAACCCGAAUACAAAAGUGUCAAUUUGUUGGGAAUAAGAGAUCAGAAGCAGAACUGAGGCGAUGCAAUACAGAUGUUCAGGCUAGGGAUGUCACAAGGGAGAGCAAGCAUGGAGGAGAUUUAAAUGCUGAUGAGCAAGAAAAGCUAAGAAAAGCAUUGAACGCGAGCUUGGCAGCACGAAAGAGUCUUGAAGCAAUGUGUUCAAGCCUAGGGAAAGAGAAAGAAAUCAUGGAAUGUGAACUUGCGAAAAGGAAUCAUGAGGUGAAUGAAAUGGAAGAACUGAUAAGCGACCUGAAAGAACAGAAUGAGACAUUGUUAGAGAAAGUGAAAGAAUGUGCUUUAGAGCAUAGAGACUACAAAAAGUCUGCUGUAGGUGGUGCAGGAUUAGUAGUUGGGGCUGAAAUUACACAAGGACAUACCAAUGCUAUCCUCCAGGAGCGUAAUCGGGCACUUUCAGAGCAUCUCUUGCGAUCACUCGAUGGAUAUCGAUCAAUCAAAAGGAAGCUAAAAGAGGCAGUAGAGGAAAAUUUGGUAGCUCGAGUGAUGAUGGAGGAAAUGAUGGUCAAAUUUAAAGGAAGCUUAGAAAUAUUCCGCAAUUUCAAAGAAAAAAUAGCAGCAUCAGCCUUGAGUGAUCCUUCAGUUGAUGAUAUCCAAGAAGAAAUCGAUCAAUUGGAGAACAUUUUUGAGUCUUUAACAGUGCAGGUUGCAAAACAUGGUCAGAAAAAGGCAGAAUGCAUGAAAGUAAAAGGCGAGAUCAUUGGUAAUCCUUCAAAGACCUCUGUUGUUGUAUGA